AUGUCUCAAUACCUGAAGCACUUCACUGCAGUAGGGGAUGAGCAACACAGCACCACUCAGUGGCCAGAUGAGGAACAGCCUGAGCCCAAUGAGGACACCUUAGUGGUGUCGGCACCACAGCAUAAGGAGCGCCAUCAUUUCCAGGACUCUUUGCGCCGAUGGUUCAGCCAUGGCAAGUUCCAGAUCUUUGUGGUAUGCCUGGUGAUUCUGGAUGUUCUGUUUGUCCUGUGUGAGUUGCUCAUGGACCUGUCAAUCAUCAAAUCAGAUGAAGGGCAUAUUGCCCCGCAGGUGUUCCACUACCUGAGCCUGUCUCUGCUGACCUUCUUCAUUGUGGAACUAGCAGCCAAAGUCUUUGCCUACCAGCAAGAGUUUUUCAGACACAAAUUUGAAGUGCUUGAUGGCGUAGUGGUCAUUCUGUCCUUUGUGCUGGACAUUGUGUACAUCUCCCAUGAAGAUGCCUUCGAUGCGGUGGGUCUCCUCAUCCUACUGAGGCUGUGGAGGGUGGCCAGGAUCAUCAACGGGUUACUUGUUUCAGUGAAGAAUCAUGCUGACCAUAAAAUCCAGAAGCUGAAGGAGACUAACAAACGCCUCAUCAUUCAGAUCAAUGAGCAGGAAGAACAUCACUCUAGAAUAGAACAAGAAAACAUCAGACUGCAAACCCUUUUACAACAGCAUGACAUCGACUUCUGA